GUUAGGGUAAAGAGAGGCAGUGUGUGAGGACUGUAGAGCAUAUAUGAACAGAGAUAGGAGCUGUGGACUCACAGGACUAUACUAUAGACACUACUGACUACUGGAGUCUAUACUACAGGACCACGGACAAACUACUGAAGCUAGUGGGCUGUUGACGUGAAACGGAAACUGAACAGCAUCAUGCACUGUGCUACCUAUCCCGUCUCUGUAGGGACCACCAGCAAUACCCCGAUGUAUUGCUACAAUGUCAAAUCGGUCUAUACUCAAUCUCCAAAUCAUGACGACCUCCUCAACCCUGACUCAUCCUCACACCCCUCCUCUAAAGCUCCAGGCAACGUGUUCACGGGAAGCUUUUUCAGUGAGCGACAGGGGAACAACAGUUCACCUGACAUGUGGAACUCCAAUGGAAUGAACCAGCCUGGCUUUGGAGGCAUGGUGGGAGGGGCCUCAGCUCACCAAUCAGGAAGCUACAACAACAUGCAACCAGCACAUAAUCACCUGGACUAUUCUCCCCAUUCAGUCUCACCUGUAGAGGUGAACAGGGGUCUUCCUCCUAUGUCUACCUUCCAUCGUAACAACCCUCCUGCAUCUCACACCUCGUCAGCCACCAGCUCAGAGAACACCACAGGAAACCACUCUACAGGAAGGUCACAGACUGGAGCAGCCCUGGGGAAAGCACUAGCUUCUAUUUAUUCUCCUGACCACACCAGUAGCAGUGAAAACUCCUCCACACCAGACAGGUCUCCAUCUCCAUCUCCACACACAGGCUCUGGCCCCCCAGCUUACCCGUGGCACACGUCUGCUCAGACCUCUGUCUCCCCCAGUUACCAGUGUUCUCCUAUAUCUCUGGUAGACACUGUCCAUCUGAACAACAACUCCCACCCUGCACUGCAGAGACGUUCACAAAAUCAAAAUGGCCACUCCUUCCCGGCAGGACUAGGUGGCUUGGAGCUGAAGUUGGAGGGUCUGGACAGAGAUGAGCAGUAUGAGCUACAUCACAGCCAUCACAACCAGGGUCACAGACACAGACACAGCUCUGACAGCCACAGCCAGCGCUCCGAUGAGGAGAGCGAGUCCCACAAGACACAAGGAGACAGCAUGACCAGCAGCAUCCAUGAAGACGAGGACAACCUGAGCCCGGAGCAGAAGGCUGAGCGGGAACGAGAGCGGCGGAUGGCCAACAACGCCCGCGAGCGCCUGAGGGUCCGUGACAUCAACGAAGCGUUCAAGGAGUUGGGUCACAUGACACAGCUGCACCUGAAGAGCGAGAAGCCGCAGACCAAGCUCCUGGUUCUUCACCAGGCCGUGGCUGUAAUACUUAGUCUAGAACAACAAGUCAGAGAGCGUAACCUGAACCCCAAGGCAGCCUGUGUGAGGAGGAGGGAGCAGGAGAAGAUGUCAGCUGGGUUAACAGAUGCCCAGGGCCUGCAGCAACACCAGGCAUCACUACAUCCUGGACUAGAUGCAUCUAACCCCAUGGGACAUCUAUAAACAUUUGACAGUGUUGAGGAGGAUCAUCCUGAGACGGGUAAAGACCAUCCAAGACUAUCCAAGACCAUCCAUGACCAUCCAAGACCAUCAAAGACCAUCAAAGACUAUCCUAUGACAUCCAAGACCAUCCAAGACCAUCCAAUACCAUCCAAGACCAUCCAAGACCAUCCAUGACCAUCCAAGACCAUCCAAGACCAUCAAAGACCAUCAAAGACUAUCCUAUGAUAUCCAAGACCAUCCAAGACCAUCCAUGACCCUCCAAGACCAUCCAAGACCAUCCAAGACCAUCCAAGACCAUCCAAGGACAUCCAAGACCAUCCAAGACCAUCCAUGACCAUCCAAGACCAUCAAAGACCAUCAAAGACUAUCCUAUGACAUCCAAGACCAUCCAAGACCAUCCAAUACCAUCCAAGACCAUCCAAGACCAUCCAUGACCAUCCAAGACCAUCCAAGACCAUCAAAGACCAUCAAAGACUAUUCUAUGAUAUCCAAGACCAUCCAAGACCAUCCAUGACCAUCCAAGACCAUCCAAGACCAUCCAAGGCCAUCCAAGACCAUCCAAGACCAUCCAAGGACAUCCAAGACCAUCCAAGACCAUCCAUGACCAUCCAAGACCAUCAAAGACCAUCAAAGACUAUCCUAUGACAUCCAAGACCAUCCAAGACCAUCCAAGACCAUCCAAGACCAUCCAAGACCAUCCAAGACCAUCAAAGACUAUCCUAUGACAUCCAAGACCAUCGAAGACCAUCCAUGACCCUCCAAGACCAUCCAAGACCAUCCAAGGCCAUCCAAGACCAUCCAAGACCAUCCAUCCAAGACCACCCAAGGACAUCCAAGACCAUCCAAGACCAUCCAUCCAAGACCAUCCAAGACUAUCCAAGACCAUCCAAGUCCAUCCAAGGACAUUCAAUUGUUUCUCUGUAAAGUAAGCUACGAGACUGUAAAGUAAGCUAAGCUAUGAGACCAAGAGACAGAAAAAGUGUUACAGCAGCUCAAUAGUCACGAUAGGGACAUUUCCUGAACCUCCUGUUGGAAUUUGACCUGUGCCUAAACUUAUAACUUGUUACUGACAAAUGCAUUUUAACCAGCAAAUGUUUUGUAUGUUUUAUAAUUCGUUGUACAGUGAAGAAGAAAAAAGGUAACUCUUUUUUUUGGGGUAAUAAUUCAAUGUUUAAUUAAUAUUUUUAUUAUAUUCUCCUAUGUCAGUAUUCGACCUCUUAGGGUGGUACAAGCUUAGCUGUACACUCAUGUGUGCGCUUGGCCAAGUCAGAUAUUUUGUGUUUUUUGUUUAGGCUAUAAAUGGAAUAAAAUACUUAAUUGUUCAGAGUUUUUAUUCAUAAUAUUGAUUACUUUUUAAUAGCUUUUUAUUGUUUAUAUUUUCUACAAUUACUAAUAAGUAAAUAUCUGAAUUACAGAGCUUUAAUUUUAAACUAAGUAUGUGUUUCUUCAGAAGACAGCGUAAAUAUUUAUCUUUAAUUCCCUGAGCAAUCCAUGAUUUCUGUAUAUUGGGGAGAUUUCCAGCUUCCUUAGUCCGAUUGCCCACUCUCUCUUUGGGCUUCCGGACUCUGGGUUGCCCACUCUCUCUUGGGCCUUUGGGUUACCAGGUGCCGGUGGUAGUUUUCAGCCUGGUACCCACCUUCCUUAGUCCGAUUGCCCACUCUAUUUUGGGGCUCUCAGACUCUGGGUUGCCCACUCUCUCUUGGGCCUUUGGGUUACCAGGUACCGGUGGUACUUUUCAGCCUGGUACCCACCUUCCUUAGUCCGAUUGCCCACUCUCUCUUUGGGCUUCCGGACUCUGGACUCUGGACUCUGUAUAUGGGGAGAGUUCCAGAACGGGGGAUGUCUUUGUAAAAACCUUCCAGUUAUUUACAGUUAUGUUGUAUGUCAUCUUCAGUAAAUGUUAACCAUUAUAUUAAUAGUAAUGUGUACAGAAGUUCUGCUCAUAUAAUGAAAUAAAUGUUUGUUUUUUUAGA